CUCACUUUGGUCACAUCUGUGGCCUAAAACUUAACCAAAAGUAUGCCAGCUACUCACUUGUUCACUUGGGACUCUAAAGGGAUGCAAAAUAUUUUAAAUGAGUAAAUGCUCUUUAAAACUCUUUGAAUAUAUUUGUAGCUCAAUUAGGCAACAGUUGGCCAGUGUUAGCAGGAAGGAAAGUUGUGUCAUUUUUUUUUCUCCAUAGGCAAAAAGAGUAUCAGAGAGGUAUUUUGGGUCCAUCCCUGACUCACUGAAGAAAUCACAUAAACCUGAGAUGUUAUUAGGAAUCCUGAGUGUGUGAUAUAGUUGUGUAAGAGCUUUACAUAGAUGUGAAAAGGAAUUGAACUGGGUAACCAGUGCAACUAGAGUUUCCCUUUAAGGGAACUUUAAAGGGAAAAGGGAAAACCCCACUGGAGCACUUCAGAAUUAAACUAGAAGAAAAAUUAAUUAGUUUCCAUAAGACAAAAAUGUACUUUAAGAAGUUUGAAGAGGGUAUCUGGCACUGCCUUGCAAUUACUGUACCAUGCCUGAAGUUCCAUCAUACUUCAACCUGUCCUCUGGGUGCCUGCUUCUCUGUGGUGAAAAAGGGUCCUGAAUCUUUGAACCACCAGAAAAGCUCAUCUUUCCUUUGUACAUCUGGGGCAGGGGGUGGGACGCUCCUUACUGUGCAGUUUUUAGAUCCAUGUGGCUGAUGGUAUGUGGACACCUGACAGAUCUGUCUCAUUCAUGCUUCACUCACUCGGGAUGUAGGGACUGUCCCCCUCACGCUCGACGGCUAUUCCAUAGUGCCCACUCUUCCAUAGCUUCACACUCUUCUCACCUUUCAGAGCAUUUUAUUGGUUAGAAAUCUGGAAGGAUGGGUGACUGGAGCUUUCUGGGGAGACUGUUAGAGAACGCACAGGAGCACUCCACGGUUAUUGGCAAGGUUUGGCUGACGGUGCUGUUCAUCUUCAGGAUACUGGUGCUGGGGGCAGCUGCUGAGGAGGUCUGGGGAGACGAGCAGUCAGACUUUACGUGCAACACUCAGCAACCUGGUUGCGAAAAUGUUUGCUAUGACAAAGCCUUCCCCAUUUCUCACAUCCGCUUCUGGGUGCUGCAGAUCAUUUUUGUCUCCACUCCAACCCUCAUCUACCUGGGCCACGUGCUGCACAUUGUACGCAUGGAGGAGAAGAGGAAAGAGAAAGAAGAGGAACUGAAAAAGAAGGGAAGCGUCAAAGACAGCAACUACCCAGGAGCAGCAAUGUGUGGCAGUGGUGGUGGAGGCAGCAAUAAUGCCAAGGAUCCUCCUGCCAAAAGGGGGAAGGAGAAGCUCCCAAUCCGUGACGAGCGCGGUAGAAUCCGUAUGGGGGGUGCUCUGCUCCGUACCUAUGUCUUCAACAUCAUUUUCAAGACACUCUUUGAGGUGGGCUUCAUUGUGGGCCAGUACUUCCUAUAUGGCUUUGAACUAAAGCCAGUCUACCAGUGCAGCCGCCCACCUUGCCCACACACUGUGGACUGCUUCAUCUCACGGCCCACUGAGAAGACCAUCUUCAUCAUCUUCAUGUUGGUGGUGGCCUCUGUCUCUCUGCUGCUGAACAUGCUUGAGAUAUAUCACUUGGGGUGGAAGAAGCUCAAGCAGGGCAUGACGAGCCAGUACAGCCUUGAGAUGCCGAUCACAACACUGACACCAGUCAUGGUUACAGGGGAGACCAAACCCGUGUCCCUGCCACCGCCGGCACCACCUGUGGUGGUAACAACCACCGCACCCCCUCCUGUUCUGCCUGACACCCGCGCUGUCACGCCGCUGCUGGCCCCGGUGACCAUGGCACCGUACUAUGCUGCGGCUGCUCCCAGAGCACGGCCCCCCUCCAACACGGCCUCCAUGGCAAGCUACCCCGUGGCUCCCCCGGUUCCUGAGGAGAGGCACCGUGCCGUCACCCCCACGCCCAUCUCCACUCCUGUCACCAUCCCGACGCCCAUCCCCACGCCUACGCCGGCUGUCAUCAACUACUUCAACAGCAAAAACCAUGCCCUGGCAGCCGAGCAGAACUGGGUCAACAUGGCAGCCGAGCAGCAGGGGAAGGCUCCCUCCAGCUCGCCGGGAUCCUCCACCCCCAGCAGCGUCCGGCGUCCCCUUCCAGAGCAAGAAGAGCCACUGGAGCAGCUUCUUCCACCCCCAACCGGGCCACCCGUCACGGCGGCCAGCAGCAGCAGCAGCACCAGCCUGAGCGGGGCGAGCGGCACCAAGUGGGACGUGGAGGGUGAGGAGGAGCUGGCGGAGGAACGGCCCGUCUCGGCUGCCUGCACCACUGUGGAGAUGCACGAGCCGCCGCUGCUCGUCGACACACGGCGCUUGAGCAGGGCCAAGCCCGAUGGCAAACACCAGGAUGGCAUAUUGCCUGUUGGCACCCGUCACCUCUAUGGAGCAACUUGCCAUGUUAAAGACCAAGGCGACGGCAGUCUCUUCUGUAUAACACAGCUUAAUGAAGCCUUUGUGCUCAUGGCAAGUUGCCAGUGUGAUCCUCUUGGCUGGGCAAAGUUUAGGUAACCCCUGUGAUAGAUUUUAUCAUUUUGAAGUUCAUCCUUCUCCUUUUUUUUUAACUCUUGACCUGUUAAGAAGUGUUCGGUUUGACCUUCUAUCUAUCCAGUGUUUGCCGACCAUGAUCACACCAGUUUUUUUUAAGCCCACAAAUAUAUUACAGCAUGUUUGAUUAUAAUUUUAGAUGGCUUCUGAAAUUGCUUAGAAGAGGACAGGAAUGUAAACCAUACACCUCAGAAAUGCUUACAGAGAACAAUUUCUCUUCAGAAAGCAAGGAUUAUGAUUUCAAGACAUUGUGGCCCCAUACGUUGCCCGUGGACAAACAAUAGGAUGAAGUACAGCUCUGCAUUUUAGACUAUUAGAUACCAGCUUAAGUUUGUUGGAAAAAAGCUUUUUAGAAGUAAACUUGAGUGCAUAUUUUUAAGUAUUUAAACAUUUUUAGAGAAUUUUGAUCUGUAGGUUUAAACUUACUUGGAUGUGUACUUACUCAUUUUAGUUUGAUUUUUGAUCUUACAAGAAAAUGUAAGGGGAAAGAAAAUUAACUAAUGGUGAAAGUCCCAAAGCAACAUUAUUUCCUGUUAUGACCAACCCUGUCCUUUAACAGCAAUCUGUAGUGUCUGACAAGUCCGUAAAAACCCAUUUAGACAACAUUGUAUUGCAGAAAAGGUGGCUAAAAUAUCUGGGCAACAUGCUAGUGGCUAAAGGGUCUGUUUUGAUCCCACUGAAGUCAUGUGCAGAAUUUCCAUUCAUUUUAACAAGGAGCAAGAUUUGGGGAUGGAUCUUGCAGGCCUUAUUGAAUCAAAACUGAAAUUCACACGGAGUUUUGGGAGCCAGAAGGAGCGUAGAUUUGGGGCCUUAGAUAAAGACAUUACAAUCCUGCUUUUGAAAAUUGCGCAUUUCCCUUAAAAAUGGGUGGAGGAAACCGCUGGGUACUUUUUUCUAAGGUGCAGCUUUCCUUUUAACUGACUUAGUCCUCCUUUCCUUUGUAACAAGUACUCUCGCAGAAAUCAGAGUUUUGCGUGCCUGAUUAGGCUCAUGAGAGUUUGGGUACAAAGCACCACAGGAUUAGGCCCAACUUCUGUUCUAAGCAAAAUCCAAAGGAAUUGAAGCUCAGAGUCGGUCCUAUGGCUGCUGUCAAUUGGAAGCACAGUAACUGGAGAAGAGCAGUCAAACACACUGGGAUAGCCCCUUGCACGUUCAGAGUAUUUGGCCUGGCAGUGCAGCCCUUCCUCAGGCAAGCAGGGUCACCCUGUAGCAAACACUUCCACUUGCCGGUUACUCUGCUGUUAAAUGUUUUCCUCAACAUGUUUUUUUAAUCAACAAUUACAAUAUGUUCCCACCACUCAAGAUUAAAGACUUUUUUUAUUCCUUUCGAAUAGAAAGAGUUUCUCGUGGUCAGAGGCACUGUUCUGCAACCCUUGGGUGUGCUGUCUCAUGACUUCUUGACCUGCUUCUAGUCAAGCAGGUGAGAAGUCUUUCUGCUGCCACUGAUCUUGGGGCAGACGCUGCAUUAAAAGUCAUUGUACAGCAGUACAAUAAAGAUAUCUACUAUUAGGUGUUCAGCUUCGGGCAUGCUCUUGUGAAUUUUCUGUGUUAUAAGCCAUAAAAACCCUUUCUGCAAGAAAGCUAAACGCUAAAUCCUGCUCUGUGUUGUAUUCCCACAACUGUGCUGAACCUAAAGCUGGUACAGUUGCCUAGAUGUAAACAAAGGCAGAAUUUAGCACUCUACAAUUUUAGCCUUAUUAGCAUCUAUAGUAGCAGUUUUUAAGUUUUGGUAAAUGCCAAAUAAUUAAAUCACUGAGGUAAUGCGAUAUGCAUCUGUGUUUUAGUACAGCAGAACUCAUGGGCCGUAUUCUCCUUUCUUUUAUGCUUCUGAAGAAUGAAGUCGAGGUCUCUCUGGAGUGUGUUUCUGUAAGCCAGACCACCUGGAAUAUGUGCUUUUUUAUAUCGAGGCCUGAGAGCAAACCUGACUUUCUGUUUGAUGGAGCUCUGUAUCUUGCAGUCUGUAACUUACUGCAGCCCGUAUAGAGUGUCCCCUGCAGGACUGCAUCCAUAUUGUAUAUAAAGAAUUAAGAAGAGAGAUAGUUUCAACUUAGGAUCAGCUGAUACCUAGUCUGCCUGUUUGAAGUAAUGUGUGGUUAGACCUGCGGAGAGUUUGGGUGCUUUUGUGGAAUAUAUGGUAUUUUCAGGCAGAGUAACUACUGCCGGAAAGCUGUAAAAGAUCUUUAUUUUAUUUUAUUUUUUCCUUUUUUCUUUUUUCUUGUUUCUUCCUGUUCUGUAAGGUUCAGGGGGAGAAAUGCAAGUCUUUUGCAGUCCCUAUGAGAAAUCUGACAGAGCAGCCCCCACAUCAAAGCAAUACUAGUCUGAGAAAGCAAAGCAACUCACAGGUUGUGCUUUUAGGAUCACCUUGUUUAAGUUCCACCAAAUAACUCUACAGUGUCAAGCUCCGUGGUUACCUACAAUUUCAUUUGGAGUCCAGCAAUUGUUUCUUCGUUUAAGCCCAGGUAACUGUUUCGGCUGAACUCCCCUCUAGUGCUUACCACUCCUUUUAGUUGUCAUGUCACAUCUGGGAUCUGUUGGGAAAAAAAUCUCAUUGAUGUGGCAGAUUUUGAAUAAUUAAUCUUUAUUCAUGAAUUAUCAUUGAAUUCAACAUACAUGAGUAAAGCAUAUAGACCAAAUUCCGGAUUUGUCCUAACACACAGCGUUACAAUAAGACUACAGAUGUUAAUUUGGAACUAAUGGAAAAAUUAUGAUAGGGCCCAACCCUUUUCACUCUUCUCCUGAAUAAGAAUUACAGAGAGAAAUUCUAUAGUGUCUAAUGAGAUAUUUUCAGUACAUAGGUAUUAGUUAAUGUAUCGAAAGGUGAGUGUUUCAAUGAGUAAAGCUAUUUGCCCUGUUUUGGUAUUAAAAAAGAUUUGUUUGCUAUCUUCUGUAAUUCUGGAAAAAAUGUACAAACACCAGCUAACUUGCAGAACAGAGUCUGUUGGCAAAAAUAGCUGUUAAUGUUCAAGUUGUUUACUCUUAUACAUUAGUUAAUUCCAAAGAGGGGGCUGGUAGCAAACAACACUUUGAUUUAGCCUGCUCACAUGGCCAUUCAAGCCACAGUCCUGAGAGACUGUAUUCACACCCCUAACCUGAAGCCAGUUAUUGCAGAAGAGGAACAAAAUCAUGCCUGAUAUUAAGAAAAGUGAAUUAUUAUUAUUUUUUUCUCUUUUAA